ACUUGGCGAGUCCAUUGCAGGAGGCAGUUCCUCGUAAUCAGCAGCAGUGAAGCGCGGUGCGACAUUCUCGGACCUCUCAUCACAGCCCUGUCCGUCGAUUGUUGGUUUUUUUUUUUUUACGCCUCUAUGGUUUUGCACUUUGUUGGACUUUCCGUAUAGGACUUGCGCACGUGCCCACGCCUGACGUAGUAACGGAGAGUUGUGUGUGUAACGGGGGGUUUUUUCACUGUUUCCGUCGGGUUGCGUCUGUUCAGCAGACAAGGUUCAUCCAAAGUGGAGCUGCUACCUAGACUUUAUCUUCUUAUUCCACAUGAUAAGCUGACUCUGACUGUCUCUCUGCUCACUGGUCACUGGACAGAGUGUGGGGUGUGAGGAGAUAAGAGGAAGAAGACAGAGAGGAGAAGCCUGAACACAGUAGACCACUGUGAAGAGAGAGAGAGAGACAGUAGAAGAGAGAAAGGCCCGAGAGGCAUUCGUUUAUUUGGGAGUCAUGGGGAAACAGAACAGCAAGCUGCGGCCGGAGGUGCUCAACGAUCUGCGCGAGAACACCGAGUUCAGUGAGCAUGAGCUACAGGAGUGGUAUAAGGGCUUCCUGAAGGACUGUCCCACGGGUCACCUCACUGUGGACGAGUUCAAAAAAAUCUACGCCAAUUUUUUCCCGUACGGAGACGCCUCCAAAUUUGCAGAACACGUCUUCCGAACGUUCGACACUAACGGUGAUGGGACUAUCGACUUCAGAGAGUUCAUCAUCGCGCUGAGUGUGACGUCACGAGGGAAGCUGGAGCAGAAGCUGAAGUGGGCCUUUAGUAUGUAUGACCUGGACGGCAAUGGCUACAUCAGCCGAGCAGAGAUGCUGGAAAUUGUACAGGCAAUCUAUAAGAUGGUUUCAUCCGUAAUGAAGAUGCCAGAGGACGAGUCCACUCCAGAGAAGAGAACCGAUAAGAUUUUCAGACAGAUGGACACCAAUAAAGAUGGAAAGAUUUCACUGGAGGAGUUUAUUAAAGGAGCCCGGAGCGACCCCUCGAUCGUCCGCCUCCUCCAGUGUGACCCGAGCAGCGCCAGUCAGUUCUGAGCCGAACAACCACAGUGCACUCUUAACAGUGUUCACUCUAAAAGAGUCCAAAGUGAACAUGGUAAGUGUUUGUGUAAGCGUAAGAAUGUGGCUGUUGUACUCAUCACAUUUACUAAUUUGUCAGUGGCAUUAGGGACCACUUUUGAAAUGUGAAUGCUAAAUGGAGGCCAGUAAGCACUUAGAUCAGUCCUGUUACCGGUCAUUUAGACUACCACUUGUUAUGGACUGGGAAUAUAGUGUUAUGUAUAUUGUGUAUGUGUGUAUUAAAAACAGCAGUUCAUAAUGUGGGAUGUUUAUAGAAGAGCAGCACUGUUUGGGAUUGUGGUCAUUUUGAUGAGCAAUGCAUGACUGGCCCUGAAACCACGGGCCAGAUUUAACAUUUAACAUUUUAAAUAAAGAGGCUGAUUAUGUGUGUGUAAUCUGUUAAACUGCAUCCAGAGCUGGUGGGUGUGUUGUGGGUGAUUUACAAAGAGUUGUUAUAUUCGGUGAUUUUUCUACUGAUGGCCGUGGCGAGUUCAGAUCUCAGACACACUCCCGGCAGCAAUAGGUGAAUGAAAUCUAGAUGCCGCGUUAGCCGCUGCCGAAAACCGCUUUCGUGUCCCCAUCACAAUAGCAACGUUUAGAUUCACUCACAAAGCAAUGCUAUCCUGAAAAAAAUCAAACAUGAUUUGCUUUGAUACAGACAGGUGAUAUAAAUGCAAAUGUCCAUGCAUGCUGAUUAACUGCUAGAAACCUGGGCAAAGCAGUGGGAUGCAGACUAAACGUAAAUAUAUAUAUAUAUAUAUAUAUAUAUAGCGAGACAGAAAUGAGCAUGAACCAACGAUUUGUCUUGAGCAAGCAAUUCUGCUAUUGAUACUUUUUAAACCUAUUAAAACCAACUCUAAUAGCAUAAUAAUAAUCAGAUUCUGAUACUACUUUUUAAUUUCACAUCACCUGGAACCAGCACUGACAAGAUUAUAUACAAAUCACAAAGCAUUAGUUCCAUGUAAGUAUACAAAUAUGACAGCAGAUCAAUUAGAAAAUGUGACUAAGCAAGCUUGAAUUGCUGUUUAAGCUUAAGAUUAAAUCCCAACCUGUCAAACCUAAUUCGACAGCUCUCAAUCACAAAUCCUACUGCAAAUAUUAAGCCCAUUCAUUAUUUUCUAUUCUAUUCUAAGUUCUUGGAUAAAGUGAAGCUGAAGGUUAAUAAACAAUAAACUCCCUUCACCAAUCUGCCUCAAGCUGUUUCUCGUGUGAAAAAGAGUUUUGUUGUCGUAAUUAAAAACGUCUAUGGUUCUUGUACGUAAAUGUCGCAUAGUGUGCUGGGGGGUUACCAAAACUGAGACUCAUCCUGGGCAAAAGGAAUGAAAUGUAACCCAAAAUGGCAUCUGGAUUUCUUAUAGCAAAGCCCAGGACAGUAAACCUUCACACAUUAUGUAGUAUUGCAAGACUGAGAGCCUGAGAGUUGACAGGUGCAGGCAGGUACAGAGCUGAUUAAAGACCGUGAGACACAAAAUUGAUGCUAUAGACACUCUUGAAAUGCAGUUGGGUUAUUGGUAUUGGAUGUACAAAUGUGACUUUAGCAUUAUUUUCAGUCAGUGAGACAUGCAGUGUCUGAAAUCUCAGCUUGGUUCAUUAUAUACCAUGCCUUGCAUAAGUAUACACCCCCUUCGAAUGAAGAAAGAGUUGAGGAUAAAUCCCAACAGAAGUUCUAAAUGAUCUCAACAAGCCUUACUUUUAAUUUUUGGAUAUAACAUGUUUUUUAUUAUUAUUAUGUCAUUUAUUUCAUCUGAUAUGUUCGAAAGUGCACGUUUAUAAAUUCGGACUGGAAAUGCAACGUUUUUUUUGUAUAAUCCCAGUUGUUUCUACAGCUUGCAAUGAAUAAUCUUAUUUUAACUGUGUUUUUAUUUUAAGGUAUUUGCUGUUUUUAUUUGUUACAGUUUUAUAAAUAAUUGAUUUUUUUUUUAUAUGGCAGCAUUUUGUGCACAUUCAAUAGACCUCUGCUUGACAGGUUUCUGGUAUUUUGUUCAUGGAUAUUCAUCAGCAUGUGUUACUUUUAUUAGCGAUGGCUCUUUUAUAAAAAGCAAUGAUUUGCUCAUGUUUGUGUUGAACACUUUGCUUACUGUUGCAUGUAUCAUGGCAAUUCUUAGAUAAAUAUUGUGACCGAGUUGCUCUUGAUAUUUUGAUUUGAUUUGUGAUGUUUUGUAUUCUAUGCCCUGUUGGUUGUUAAUGGUGCAGUUUAGGACACCUCUACGGAAUAUCGUGAAACCCAAUGUGAAUGUUUUUUUCUGCUUCUUCUGAACUUCAUAGUACUCUGCCAUUCACAAACUGAUGCAUUAUAACAAUGUGCCACAUACUAUAUCUCCCUUCGCUGCUCGUUGGAUAACGAGUUUCCAUCAUGUAGAUGACGAGAAUGCAACUUUUCCAUCACCAUAGAAACUGUGGCUUGAUUUGCAAGACGCUGCUUGACUGAGAUAGUUAUGGGGAUGCGUCUGACCUCGUAGCUGGCCGUAUUCCAAGCCUUGUAAAAACACGCCGUCAGGAACAUGUCAGAUGAAGUGGUACUGGAAGUGUUAAGUAAACAUCUCUAGUAAAAACAGAACCGGAAUGAAAGUAAAUCAUUUUCAGCAUUUUGAUCAUGAGCGUUAGCAUUUUAAAUCCCUCCAUGACAGUUAUGGCAUGAAGCUAGCAGAUCUUGACAUUUUGUAUUCAAAGAUGUUGUUCAUGGCUAUAACAGAUGUCCUGCAGUAUUUAUAAAGGAAACUGUAACCGUGCUGUUAAUAGAAAAGCUCUGGAAUGUUACUGUUAUCGUUCUCCUUUUGUUUCCAUUAAAAGCUUGUGCUUCCUUCUUGGA